UAUGAAUUUUUAGUAAGUAAGAAGCUGAACGGCUGGAGAUCCGGAAUGAUGGAGGGCCGCGCCACCUAUGAGGAGUAUCCGUAUCCAGUGGUGUUUCUGCCCUCUUAUGAAAAUCCUCCAGCUUGGAUCCCACCCAAAGAGCGUGUAUACAACACAGACUAUAACAACGACUUAACUUGUUUCCUCCCACGAACAAUUCUCCUGAAGAAACCACCUGGAGCUCAGUUAGGAUUUAACAUCCGUGGUGGUAAAGCAUCCCAACUUGGAAUCUUCAUAUCAAAGGUGAUUCCUGAUUCAGAUGCUCAUCGGGCUGGACUUCAAGAGGGAGACCAGGUGUUGACUGUCAACAAUGUGGAUUUCCAGGAUAUUGAGCAUAGCAAGGCUGUAGAGAUUCUGAAAACGGCCCGUGAAAUCUUCAUGCAAGUUCGUUACUUUCCAUACAAUUAUCAGCGCCAGAAGGAGAGAACUGUUCAUUAACAGCACUGGAAGCUCUUCUUACAGCCUUCACAUCCAUCCAUCUUUGUUAUAUUU